AAUGUUGACUAUUGCAUUCCAAAACAAAGCAGAAGUUGAUCAAUUAUGGCUCACUGGUUUCACAGAAACCCAUUGAAAGCUACAGCUAAAGUUAAUUUUGAGUUAAAACUUAUUGUCAGUGACUCUCAAGCAGUUCAGAUAUGUAGUGAAUUACGUCAAAGUAGAAGCAGACUGUUAGACCUCCUGUCUGAUCCUAAUAAUGAUACUGCAAGUUUUGAUGCUGCUUUAGAAAGAUAUCUCAGUUUCUUACAUGCUAUGAUUGUUGCACCAGAUGAAAAGGGUGGUGAAAGUAAGCUUCGAUAUGCUACACGGUUUCGUUGGACUCAGACUUUGCUUAGUAAUACACCUAUAGCUCAGCAAGAUGCAGUGUUUGAACUUGUAUCUAUUUGUCAGAAUGUUGGAAUAUGGCUUAUGAAACAUGCUGCUAUGAUAGCUGGUAAAGAUGAGAUUAGUAUGGAUGAAGCCAAGGAAGUUCAUAAGUGCUUGCGAAAAGCUGCUGGGAUUUUCUCUGCCAUGCAGGAAAAGUACAUUGGAAGUUUGUUACUAAAAACAGAACCUGCUUCAGACCUGGAUUCCUCUGUUGUAAAUGCCUAUAUCAGUCAGUGCACUGCUGAAGCCCAGGAAGUUACCAUUGCUCGAGCCAUUGAAUUGAAACAUGCCCCAAGUUUGAUAUCUGCAUUAGCAAAUGAGACAUCUAGAAUGUAUUCCGCUGGAGCUAACUAUUUGAACAAAUUAAAUCCCUCCAAAGUUGGAAAAUGGAAAAAAUAUUUUGAACUGAAAAGCACUUUCUAUCUUGCCUAUGCUUAUUGUUAUUCUGGUGAAAAUCUACUGGCUCAGGAAAAAUGUGGUGAUGCCAUAAGAUCAUUACAAGAAAGUGAAAAAUGUUAUGCAACUGCAAAUAAACUCUCCAAAGAAUAUGUUACUUUAAAAGGGCCAGGAGUGAGUGCAAAACCAGAUAAUCACCUUUUUUUUCGAAAAUUGGGUCCUAUUAUUAAGCGCAUUCUUGAAAAGUGUGAAAGGGAAAAUGGAUUUAUAUUCCAUCAAAAAAUUCCUGCAGAACCUGUACCUUUAGAAAUAAAGGCAACCUAUGGAUUAGUUAGUCCAGAAGAGUUCCUUUUGCCCAGCAUUAAUAGUCUUUGGACACCAGUUGCAUAUGCUGCCUUUGACUCAUCAAAACAUAAUCCUAAUGAUGCUGCACAUUCUAAAUCAGCUAUGAAAGCAGAAGGUGAUUUGCCGCCAGUAAAGGAAGCAACUUUUCAUCAGUCAGCUCAGGAUCCAAAAAAUACAAGUGGCUGCGUUUUACAGUGAGAUAUGAAACUAGAAAAUACUGUAUUUUUAUACUUCUUUAUAUUUAUUGAAAUAGUCUGUCAUAUUAGUUUUUGGAUAUCUAUUAUUUCUUGGAUUCCCUGUGAGUUAAAUAUGAGCUAUUCAGUUGUGACUUUCUAUUUCUUUGUUUGAAUCCUUUAAGAAAUUUUUAUAGACAAUAAUAAGAGUAGUUAAAGUAGAAAGAGAGAUCAUAUGCAAACAUUAUGAAAAUUCAAAAAUUUUAAGUUUUUUUUUUUUUUUUUCUUUAACUAAUAAUUUUAUUAUGUUUAUCAGUUAAAAUUUUAGACUUUAUUUCCAAAACAAUUGUAAGAAUAAUCAAAAUGACUCAAUUUAAAUUUCAAUAGAAUUGAUAUUUUUUUGUUUUGUAUUAUUUUUAUUGAGACAGUUGUAUAUUUUUGGAAAAUUUAUAUCGUCAGCCAUUUAUUUUUUUUAAUUAUAUAAAAUUAUGUUGUAAUUCCUUUAAAAUUAUGUUUGCAACAUUGACUGUCCUGUAACUUUGGUGAAAAUUGUUGAUACGUACAUGAAAAGCAGGGUAUCAGAUAAUUACCAUCUUAUGUAAUAUUUUUGUGUGAGAUAAAAAGUUAGUUUUGUUAAUAUGUUUGUGUGUGGGGAAAAAAAUUUUUUAAUGACGCAUUGGGUAACUUAGCCAUUAGUUUAUCAGUAAGAUAUAUUAUACUUUUGUGUCGUUUAAUAUUAAUUUUUAUGGGUGCUACUAAAAUACAAUUUUUAUAACCUUUUGUUGUUGUUACUUGAUUUCAUUAGUUUAUUUGAUAUUUUAUUUUCAUGCAUAUGUUUUCAUUGAUGUUUUGUUCACUUGUAAUCUUUUAUUCGUGUCAACAAUUUUCUACAUAUUAUGCAAAUAUUCUAUAAUAAUACUUCGUAUUUCUCCAUAAAAUGAAUAAGAAUCCAUUAUUUUAACUAAGGUAUUUAUAGUUGUGAAAGAUAAUCUUUAAGCUAAUUAGCUUGCAGGUCUCUAUUUUUUCCCUCUGUGAUAAGUCAUGAAGCAAUUUUUCAGCUUUUGCUUUUUCUAUUUUUAAUAUUAAAUAGUUAAAAUCAGCCUUUUUUUAAAAAAAAAAAAAAAAAAAAUGCCUUGGUAUUUGGUUUAUUAGUGUAAAUAACAUUCCAUAUUUGAAGAGAACAAAAAUAUCGUGUAAAUGUUUUCUAAUGAAUGAAAAAUGUUUAUACUUGAUAAAUAGCCAAGAAAUUCUUUUUUUAAUUGCUUUAAGUGUGAAGAAUUUAUUUUAUAUUGCACUAGAAGUAGUUUACAUGCCUAAGAUGUCUUUAAAUUUACAUGUUGAAGCUUGAAAUGGUGAUGAGUUUGGGAUGUAUAUCAACAAAGGAGGAUAGAAUGAUUAAAGACGUGUCAAUCCAUUUGUAGUUAUAGUAUUACAUUACCGAUGAAAUUUACACAUUAUUGAUGUUUUUUAUAUUUAAAAAUUAAUGUUUUUAUUUCUUGGAGGAAGAUACUAUAGAAACAUAAGCGGUGGGCUUAAAUUCAAAGUGAAAAUGCUGCAUUUCGAGAAAAAUUCUAGUCGAAAGUGCUUUUCGAAUGUACUGAAAAUUUUACAUUAAUUUCUUAUAUAUAGGUAAUAAACUUCUGCUAGUUUCUUUAAUUUUGCUAUGAAACAUAGAUCUGUGAUGGAAUUUUUUUUAUUGCAGAAAUUCAUUGAUUUUAUCAGUUCAAAAGAUUUACAAUUGAUUAUCUAUUUUAAAUCUCAUUCGGCAUAAGGAAAAUUAAUAUUUGAAUCUGCACUUUACAUUACUAAGAACAAAUUUCAUCAUUUCCUUGUUGUGUCAUUGGAAUUUAUUAACGUUAAGAAUGAUUAUUUUUUUUAAUUCAAGACAUAGUUAAAAUGGUUAUUUGAAAUGUGAGAAAGUUGGUAUAAAGCUUUUGCAUUUUUAUUCUUUAUUCAUGUACAAUAAUUUAAAGUUGCAGAUUCAUAUCUGCUCAACAUGAACCAAAAUAUUUUGAAGGGAAAAAAGUUUCUGUUUUCGUAUUUCACAUUUAUUCAUGAAAAUUUAAAGUUUCAAAAGUUAACAAAAUAUGAUUUUCAGAAGAUGUAUUUUAAUUUUAUUAUUUGUUUUUAUUAUGUUGAUUUUUUAUUAAUUUCAAAGUAUUCAUGUGAAUUAACUGUAUGUUCAAAUGUGCUAAAUAAUUUUUAGGACGAAAUUUUUCAUCUAAUUUGAAAUUUUG